CGGAAAUCGUGAAGUUUCAGACGAAUUCCAUGCCGAUCUUUGCACGAUAUGUCUUGCCGAUACUUCAUACCGGGCAACAUAAGAUACCUCAUUUGGCUCCAUGCCCGCUCCCUGUAGAUGUUGAAUACUACACCCACACAACAUCCCUCAUAGACCAGUGUCGAUCACUCUACCAGUCAUGCAUAAAAGGCGCGAGAAAAGAUCCCUCAUCAGAUGCAUGUUCACCAAGCUCACAAUAGAGUUUGAAGAAGGCAAUAUCCUCGAACAUGAAGGCUUUCACCACCCUUAUGGCGUUGACCCUGACGACCUGCGUCGCGGGACAUGGGUAUCUCUAUAUCCCCAGUAGCCGCACUAGACUAGGAAACGAGCUAACAAGUCAGGCCGGCGUGGACUCCUGUCCCGAAUGCGCCAUCCUCGAACCCGUUUCGUCCUGGCCCAACCUCGACUCUGCCCCCGUCAGUCGCAGCGGCUCCUGCGGGUACAACGCCCGCGACAGCAUCGACUACAACCAGCCGACCAGCAACUGGGGUACCAAACUGGUUGCCACCUACACCGCCGGCCAAGAGAUCGAAGUGCAGUGGUGCGUCGACCACAACGGCGACCACGGCGGCAUGUUCAGCUAUCGCAUCUGCCAGGACCAGAGCAUCGUGGACAAACUGCUCGACGCGUCGUACCUGCCCACCGAGGCGGAGAAGCAAGCCGCGGAGGACUGCUUCGAAGCUGGCCUCUUGCCUUGCACGGAUGUCAAUGGACAGGAGUGUGGGUAUAGUCCGGACUGUGUCGAAGGUCAGCCCUGCUGGCGCAAUGAUUGGUCUACCUGCAAUGGGUUCCAGGCGUCCGAGAGGCCGAAGUGUCAGGGGGUGGAUAAUGCGCCGUUAAACUCGUGCUACACUUCUAUUGCGGGUGGGUAUACUGUCACGAAGAAGGUGAAGAUUCCGGACUAUGUGUCCAAUCAUACUUUGUUGUCGUUCAAAUGGAAUUCGUUCCAGACGGGGCAGAUCUAUCUCUCUUGUGCGGAUAUUUCUAUUUCUUAG